AUGGCUGCGCCCGUGGGACCGGUGAAGUUCUGGCGACCCGGUACAGAGGGGCCAGGUGUCAGCAUCUCUGAAGAGAGACAAAGUCAAGCGGAAAACUCUGUGGCCUCCAUUGUUUACAAUCCUUAUGCUGCCCUUUCUAUAGAGCAGCAGAGGCAGAAACUGCCAGUGUUCAAGCUUAGGAAUCAUAUACUUUACUUGGUAGAAAACUAUCAGACAGUGGUGAUUGUUGGAGAAACAGGAUGUGGAAAAAGCACGCAGAUUCCACAAUACCUCGCUGAAGCUGGCUGGACGGCCGAAGGAAGAGUUGUAGGCGUGACCCAGCCUCGAAGAGUGGCUGCUGUUACAGUUGCAGGGAGAGUAGCCGAGGAAAGAGGUGCGGUGCUGGGCCAUGAGGUGGGCUACUGCAUCCGCUUUGAUGACUGCACUGAUCCACUGGCUACAAGAAUUAAGUUUCUGACUGAUGGAAUGCUGGUCAGGGAAAUGAUGGUUGACCCUUUGUUAACAAAAUAUAGGACCACUAACUGCUAUAUCCCUUCCUUACCUGCAUAUCUAGAGCCUCCUGUUAAUGGGGAGAACUUUCGGGAUUUCUUUAAUCAAAAUGAAACCAGUGACCCAACCAGGGAUACGUGUGUGAUCCUUACAGUGGAAGGGCGAACAUUUCCAGUGGAUAUCUUUUAUCUGCAAAGUCCUGUUCCAGAUUAUAUCAAAGCAACUGUGGAAACUGUGGUGAAAAUUCACCAGACAGAGGGCGAUGGAGAUGUACUAGCAUUUCUCACUGGCCAGGAAGAGGUAGAAGCCGUCGUGUCUAUGCUAAUUGAGCAGGCUCGAGCGCUGGCUCGCACUGGGAUGAAGAGACACCUCCGGAUUCUCCCCAUGUAUGCGGGACUGCCUUCCUAUGAGCAAAUGAAAGUGUUUGAACGAGUACCACACAGUGUCAGGAAGGUGGUGGUGGCCACCAAUGUGGCAGAAACCUCCAUUACAAUCAGCGGCAUUGUGUAUGUGAUUGACUGUGGCUUUGUGAAACUCCGUGCCUACAAUCCCAGAACAGCAAUUGAAUGCUUGGUGGUGGUUCCGGUGUCCCAGGCCUCAGCCAACCAGCGAGCAGGGCGUGGUGGUCGUAACCGCUCAGGAAAGUGUUACCGACUCUAUACAGAGGAUGCCUUUGACAAGCUGCCACAAUCCACGGUCCCAGAGAUGCAGCGUAGCAAUUUGGCACCUGUCAUCCUGCAGCUGAAGGCGCUGGGCAUCGACAACGUCCUCAGGUUCCACUUCAUGUCGGUGAGUCUGCCUUCUUCUGGGGCUGCAGAGGAGCUGGAGAUUUUGUUCCUAAUGGCAGGUCUGGACAAAGACUGUCGGCUAACUGAACCGCUUGGUGUGAGGACAGCGGAGUUUCCUUUGAAUCCCAUGUUUGCGAAAAUGCUGCUUGAAUCAGGAAAUUUUGGCUGCUCUCAGGAAGUCCUAAGCAUUGCAGCCAUGAUGCAGAUCCAGAAUAUCUUUGUGGUCCCCCCAAACCAGAAGUCUCAGGCAAUUCGAGUGCACCGGAAAUUUGCUGUGGAGGAGGGCGAUCAUCUCACUAUGCUCAAUGUGUAUGAAACAUUCAUCAAACACAAUAAGAACUCUCAGUGGUGUCAGGAACAUUUCCUGAAUUACAAGGGUCUUGUCAGAGCUGCGACGGUGAGAGAACAGUUGAAAAAGCUGCUUGUCAAGUUCCAAGUGCCCAAGAAAUCGAGUGAAGGUGAGAACAAUGUGGGUAAGAAGCAAAAAAGCAGCUUGCUGAAGGUCACACAGUGA